GUGAACCUAGAAAAGGGAGAGCUCUUCUGCCAUGGACUCUGCGGCGCCAGCAGUGCCUAGGGAGAACCCCGACAGCGCAAAGCUGCCGGGGAAGAGGACACCAAAAAUUUCGGGAGCUCCCAGGUCGCCCCUGAACUGCGAGGCAGCGCUGCAUGAGCGCCCCUUUCUGGUGUGGAGGGAGCAACCAGCCGCUGGGGAAAACUUUCUGGGCCUGCAGUACCUAUAUAGGUCAGGCUCCGGCCCUGAGGGAGAAGAAGCCCUUACCAAGACCAGUGAUCCUGCAGCCCCCCAAGCCUUCAGGUGCCGGAGUUGUGGACUGACUGUAGCCAGCCUCUCUGACCUCAUUCACCAUCAGAGCAACCACGGGGGUGACAGGCCUUACAAUUGUCCAGAGUGUGACAAAAGCUUCCGACGUGGCUCAGACCUGGUUAAGCACUACAGGGUACACACUGGUGAAAAACCGUACCCCUGCCCAGAAUGUGGCCGUUGCUUCAGCCUCAGCUCCAACCUCACCAAACACCGGCGCUCUCACUCAGGUCUCCGACCUCACAAGUGCUUGGAGUGCGGAGAGGCCUUUGGCCGCAGUGCAGAUCUAGCCAAACACCAGCGGGUGCACACUGGGGAAAAGCCCUACACGUGUGCUGAGUGCGGUAAAACUUUCAGGGUUAGCUCCAACUUGAUCCAGCACCAGCGCACACACACUGGUGAGAAGCCCUACCGCUGUGGGCUCUGUGGCAAGAGUUUCAGCCUCAGCUCUAACCUAUUGCAGCACCAGCGCUGUCACACAGGUGAGAAACCCUACUUCUGUUCCUGGUGUGGGGACAGCUUUGGGCGCAGCUCCUAUCUGCUGGAACACCAGCGUUCACACACUGGUGAGAAGCCCUACAAUUGCUGUGAGUGUGGCAAGAACUUCACCAACAGCUCAAACUGCCUAAGGCACCAGCGCACCCACAACGGAGAGCCACCCUUCAGGUGUCUUGAAUGUGGGCGUGGUUUUAGUGAGCAUACCAUGUUCACUGAACACCAGUGCAGCCACUUGAAUGAAUGAAUGCCUGGCACCUGUCCAGAAUCUGGCAAAAGCUUACACCACAAUUCCCAUGUUCACAUAUGAGUAAAGCCCUAGAAGUGGCCUGAUUGCAGCAAGUGUUUUGUGGACAGCACCCACACAUUCACACAAGCCAAAACAACCUUAGACUUGUAAAGAGCUUCAGCCAGAGCUCCCACUUGCCCAUCUUCCAGGUGACCCACGGUAGCAAGAAAACCUCCAUCUGCCUCCAGCGUGGCAAGGCCUUUGCCCAUAACUCCAACCAACAGAUGUACCAAGGUGGAAGGUUCUGCAAAUAUCCCUGGCUUCAAUAUUAGUCCAAAGUUCAUUUCUGGUUUGGGUCCUAAGGGACCAAGGUUUCUAAGCAGACCUUUUCUGCGCUGUUUAGGGUGCAGAACUGAUGAUAGGACUUAGGUGGGCCUUCUGGGUUGGUACAGGAACACCAGGCUGGAAUAACGUAGCACUAGAGCUGUGGCUACUGCCUUCAAAGAGCCUUCAAUUUUUUUUUUUUUUUUAAUUAGGCCUGCUCUGGGAGGCUACAGAAUGUCAACCAGGGGGAGCAUUUUUUGGAUGGCCAGGUCCAUGCAGCCCUGACCCACCCAGCUGCUUCCAGAUGGGUUAAAAGCAACAUCUACCUCUUCCCAGAGGAAGAGGACCACAAACCAGGCAAGUCCCUGUGAGGACUUCAGUGUCAAGAGGUUGGAGGUGGACCAGAGGGUAUGGAUCAUAAAGAAGGAUAUGCCCUGGCAUAGAGUUUGAACUUGGGAUUGUUAUAUGAGCUCUGAGCACAUGGUCCCAGUGAAAGACCUGUUGCUGCUUAAUAACUAUCUUGACUGUUAAAACUGGAUGGGGGGAUCAGAAGCCAAAACAAAGUAUCAGACUUGACUUCAGGGAUGCUUUAUGGUAUUUCUAGACAUAGGCAAAGGCCCAAGAUUUGUCAUCUGCCCCAUCCCUGUCUUCAGUCCCUUCCUUUGAAAGUUCCCCUGGCUGCUUUUUUCUUUUCCGUAUCCCCUAUCAGUAGAAGAAAAAGUAGUGAAGUCUUUCCUUCCUGUGCCCAGACUGGAGAGUGAAUGUGAGAAUGUGACCUUUUUUUGGGAGGGCUUUAUGAAACAGGGUCUCCCUUAGCACUAGCUGGCCUGGAACUUACUUUGUAGACCAGGCUGGCCUUGAACUCACAGAGAUCCACCUACCUCUGCCUCUUGAAUGCCGGGAUUAAAGGCAUGUACCACCACACACGCCCAAUUUAAAUGUGACCCUUUUGUUGACAUGGAGGCAGGCUGCCCACAUAAAUCCUGCUGGUAAACUUAGUGUAAAUAUGGGAGCCAGGGGAGGCUUCCCAAAGCACUACAUAAUUUGUGCUCAGAGUAGAGUCCAAGCAAUGAGGUACUUCCCCUAUAACUGCCUUUUCCUUAGAGGCAUGAAAUAACCCUUUUAAGGCUGAGGAUGGAAUUUUCUGUUUCAGGGAUCUAAUAACCUAAUAACACCUGUAGGACAUUCCAUCCAUCCUUAACCCUGGUCCCCUGACCUCUAUUUUUGCUGCCUUUCAUAUACUUGCUGCCCCUAGGACUGUGCCCAGAGACGCUAAAGAGAAAAAAUAUGAAGUUACCCACCCUCAGCUUCCAACAGUGUCCAGAUUUGUCUUGCUAGCUAUGUGACCUCUUCUGGGUGUCAGUUCCUCCAUCUGUGAAACAGGUGCUUCCUCACCAGGCUGUGAUAAAGAUUCCAAAGGUAUAUCUACCUUCUUGAAGAACUUGGGUCAGGGGAGUGGCUCAGUAAGUCUCAGUUUCCCUUUUCUUCAAGUCAGGAGCCCUCUUGUAUCGUUCAGAAAGCAUCAUGCCAGCUCAUGGGCCAGCCUCUCUAAGAUUACAGAAAUCCAAGACACUCCUGCAGUAGCAAUGGACCAGUAACAACACAGGGAAUGCUCUGGCACUGGAGAAGGGGUGUUGCCUGGAGCAGAUCUAAAGCUUUCAUCCAGAUGACAUCGAAUGAACAGCACUGGCUUCUCAAGUUGGGAGAAACAAAUGCCCCCAAGUGGGGGUAAGUAAUUAAGGAAAGGGUCCGCAAUAUGUUCCCAUCGACAGUAGUUAACACAAUCCAGUGUUUGAGUUGGAUGCCUGAGCCUCACACAUAAUUGGCACUCAAUAAAUAAUUAUUAUGAUCAGGUCCUA